AAGUUUGUUCGUUAUCGACCCCGCUUUCCUUUGGUAAGAUGGCUCCGCUGUUGGUCCCACUGGAAUGCGUUUUACACCUACAGAGAAGAAAAUUAGCUAUUUUACUUCAACAGACAAGUUUUUAUCAUGUUUGGCGAGGAGGUAACAAACCGAAUGGGAAGCAACGGAAACAACAGACUACUUAUUUGCUGAGCCCCAACCUGAGGACAGCCACAUGGACAGUCAACAGGAGUGACAACAGCAGACGUUUACUGGAAGCUGCAAAGCAUUUGCAGGUGACAGAUCGGACAUGUUGGCAUGGAAAUGCGGGUGGCAGAUUAAACGCAGACCCCAAAAAUGUGUUGAAGGAGGUGAAUUCCCGGACCAUCCUGUCUAACAUGCUGUCCUACGUGUGGCCCAAGAACCGGCCUGAUCUACGGGCUAGAGUUGCCAUCGCCCUGGGGCUGCUGGCUGGAGCUAAGAUGACCAACGUGAUGGUACCAUUCAUGUUUAAGUAUGCUGUGGAUGAGCUGAAUGGACUGUCAGGACACAUGUUGAACCUGAGCGACGCCCCCAACACCGUGGCUACCAUGGCAACCGCUGUUCUUAUUGGUUACGGUGUGUCCCGUGCCGGUUCGGCCCUCUUCAACGAGCUGCGUAACGCCGUGUUCGGGAAGGUGGCCCAGAGUUCCAUCCGGCGUAUCGCCAAGAACGUGUUCCUGCACCUCCACAGCCUGGACCUGGGCUUCCACCUGUCCCGCCAGACGGGGGCGCUGUCAAAGGCCAUUGAUAGGGGCACCAGGGGCAUCUCCUUCGUCCUCUCUGCCAUUGUCUUCAACCUGGGACCCACUGCACUGGAGAUGGGGCUGGUCUCUGCUAUCCUGUAUUAUAAAUGCGGGGUGGAAUUUGCUGCGGUGACUCUGGGUACUCUGGGAGCGUAUACAGCCUUCACCAUUGCUGUCACACAGUGGAGGACUCGGUUCAGGAUAGAGAUGAACAAUGCAGACAACGAGGCAGGAAACGCUGCCAUUGACUCUUUACUGAACUAUGAGACCGUGAAGUAUUUCAACAAUGAGAAGUAUGAAGCAGAGAAGUAUGAUGGUUAUCUGAAGAGCUACGAGUCCUCCUCCCUGAAGACCACCUAUACCCUGGCCAUGCUCAACUUUGGACAGAGUGCCAUCUUUAGUGUGGGCCUCACUGGUAUCAUGGUGCUAGCUAGCAAGGGCAUCAUGGCAGGCUCUAUGACAGUAGGAGACCUGGUGAUGGUGAAUGGUCUGCUGUUCCAGCUCUCUCUGCCUCUUAACUUCCUGGGCACCGUGUACAGAGAGACACGCCAGGCCCUGAUCGACAUGAAUACACUCUUCACACUGCUCAGUAUUGACACCAAGAUCAAGGAGACAGAUCUGGCCCCUUCUCUCUCCGUCACCCCUCAAGAAGCCACCAUCAGGUUUGAGGAUGUCUACUUUGAGUACCUGGAAGGACAGAAGGUUCUAGAGGGCGUCUCCUUUCAGGUGCCGGCUGGGAAGAAGGUGGCCAUCGUAGGAGGGAGCGGAUCAGGGAAGAGCACCAUAAUGCGUAUGUUGUUCCGGUUUUACGAGCCCCAGAAGGGAAACAUCUACAUCGCUGGACAGAACAUCAGGGACGUUGGACUGGACAGCCUGCGACGGGCUGUAGGAGUGGUACCACAGGAUGCAGUGCUCUUCCACAACACCAUCUUCUACAACCUUCAGUACGGGAACAUCAACGCCACGCCAGAGGAGGUGUACCAGGUGGCACGGCUGGCAGGGAUCCACGACGCCAUCCUCAGGAUGCCCCACGGAUACGACACUCAGGUCGGCGAGAGGGGACUCAAACUGUCAGGUGGGGAGAAGCAGCGUGUGGCCAUAGCCAGGGCCAUACUGAAGAACCCUCCUAUCCUGCUGUAUGAUGAAGCUACCUCCUCACUGGACUCUAUCACUGAGGAGAACAUUCUUAAUUCCAUGAAGGGUCUGGUCCAGAACCGGACGUCGGUGUUCAUCGCUCACAGACUGUCCACCAUCGUAGACGCAGACGAGAUCAUCGUACUCAACAAGGGUAAGAUAGCAGAGCGAGGGGACCACCACUCUCUCCUGGCUACUCCAGGCUCUCUGUAUGCUGACCUGUGGAACACUCAGAACAGUAAGAUACUGAACAUUAAGAACAGCCCGGUGGAACUGCAGCCAGAGAGACUCAGCCAGAAGGAGGAGGAGAGGAAGAAACUACAGGAGGAGAUCAUGAACAGUGUCAAGGGCUGUGGGAACUGCUCCUGUUGAGGAGAGACCAGGAGGUGCCACCUCCCUCAAUACCUGUCCUCCCUUCCUCCUCCGUCCACUGACAACCUGCGCUCAGUACUUUAUGUUACACCGCUCUCCAUCUCACCCCUGCCACGCCAAGCCCCUCCCCCAGCUCCUCCCGGGAAGGCGAUUGGUGCCCGAAGAGGAGACUUGAGGAGCAAGGCUGUCUGCCAUUGGCUAAUGUCUGCAGAGAGUCAAUGUUCGUCUGCCAAUCCUCUCCUCAAACCAAGCAUAAGAGACCUUGUAUAGGAUGAUGACAUCGUGCUGUAUAGGAUGAUGACAUCGUGCUGUAUAGGAUGAUGACAUCGUGCUGUAUAGGAUGAUGACAUCGUGCUGUAUAGGAUGAUGACAUCGUGCUGUAUAGGAUGAUGACAUCGUGCUGUAUAGGAUGAUGACAUCGUGCUGUAUAGGAUGAUGACAUCGUGCUGUAUAGGAUGAUGACAUCGUGCUGUAUAGGAUGAUGACAUCGUGCUGUAUAGGAUGAUGACAUCGUGCUGUAUAGGAUGAUGACAUCGUGCUGUAUAGGAUGAUGACAUCGUGCUGUAUAGGAUGAUGACAUCGUGCUGUAUAGGAUGAUGACAUCAUGUAAGAACAUUACUGAUCAACAUGAGGAGUCCGUUUCAUUCUGAAAAUUUGUACUAAAUGCCACCCUACGCCCUAUAGGCCCUGGUCUGAAGUAGUGCACUAUAUAGGGAAAAGGGUGCCUUUUGGGAUGAAACCGGAGGUAUUUGGAUUAGGUAUUUCUGACCGCGUUCUCCUGUAGGAAGAUGGAUGCCUUGAUGUUGAUUUGAAUACAUUUUUAACUAGUUCUUCCAUAUGGUUGGGAAGUGUAGGUAGGUGUUUUUAUAUUAAGGAUUUGUAUAUAUCUCUAUAUCAGGGUUAAAAAGCUUCUGACUCAAACUAGACACACAUUGUCCAGGUAUAUCUAUCGCUAUAAAAAUGACCUUUACUUGGUGGGUGGUUCAAUCUUUUAGAAGGUUUCACCAAGAACAGGAAAUGCACACGCCUAGCUAAAGAUAAUUUAUUACAAAUAAUUAAUAUUAGACUUCAUCAUUAAUAGUUUUAUUGAGUAGAGAUCUUUAUCAGAGAACAUGACUUGUCAGGAAUGUAUGUUGAAGACUGGCUGGCUAUAGUUUUGUUUUUGACUGAAGAGUCCUAUCUGUUUUAAUGGAGGGGUAUAUUGGUACGCGUGUUGUUAGGCCAAUAGCCAAUACAAUCACUUUUAACACCGGCUUCCAGGGCAAUAUCUCUUUUAUUCAACGGGUUACCAACCUAUUGAAAUAAUGAUUGACAUAUUUUCAUUCAAAACGUUAUUUCGAUGAAUUCAUUCAUACUUUUUCAAACUUCUAUAAGAUAAAGUCCCGACACAUAUCUCGGGUUGCUACCCCAAGCGGACUGGUCGUUCGUUCUAUUGGUUCUUAUUCCUUGCUAGCUAGCCAACUAUGGCUAACUUACUGUCACGUCAAACAGAGCAGACAGAAUAACAAUUGUAGCUGCAUUUGUUUAAGCUGUUUUCUAGUGACAUUUAGUUGGAUACAUCAAUAACAAUGAGCUAAUGAGGUGGGAUUUCACCUGGCAUAGAAAAUGUGGUCUCAACAACACAGCUUACACAAUCACUUGAAAAUGUCGGACAGACAAAGUUGUAUACAAAUGUCCACUGUUAAACUACAUUUUAGUCUAAAAGAAAUGAGAAUGUCGAGAUGAUUUUUAUAGUGGAGAUCAAGUAUAUAAAUUGCCUGGCUGGGCUGAUGAGACAGUGGAUUGUACAGUCAGAUGGAACAGAGUAAAUGGGCAUUUCAACGUCAUAGAUUUCGUCGGUGGUAACUUCUGGAAUAAACACCAGCUGGAAUCUGGUUUUAAAUUAGGAUUAGACCCACCCGUUGUAUAGUACUACAUUGAUCACAGCCUUUGAGUUUUGAAUAAAGCUAGUCUGAAGAAGCUGAGGACAUUAUAUUCACAAUUAAUUUCUAUCUUUUACUUAAAUGCACACUUAUGGUAUCUUUUGGAUUGUUUAACAACUAUGUUCUAGAUUAAAGAUUGUCUGACAAUGGUCUGAUAUUCACAUGGGUUAGGUAUUGUAUUGCCUUGUUAUUUGAGGGGAGCUUUUUGGUCAGAUCAGUGCCCAUGUUGCAUGAUGUCGUCAUGUACAGUUUGUUAGAACAGAAUACCAGUUGGGCUUGUUGUACAGCAGUAAUGUGUAUAAUUCUAUUAAAGCACUGGAGAAAGACAAAGAGCAGUGACGUUCUUGUGCCUAGAGUAUAUUGUUCCUAUGAUCUGUCAGUCAAUAAAGGGGAUGUCUUUCUUAA